AUGACAGAUAGUUCAGUCUCACUGUUAAUCCCCACAGUUUAUCCUAGUUCAGGUACAGAUCUAAAUCAAUCUACAAAGAGCUGUCGAAUCUGUGGUGAUGACGAGGAGGAAUCUGACACUGAAAGACUCUACCAGACGAAUCCUCUGAUUCGACCAUGCAUGUGUAAAGGAACGAUGAUGUACGUUCAUGUCGAGUGCCUUGAGAAAUGGCGCCAAGUGUCACCUCGUAAACAGUCUUGGGUGUCAUGUGACUACUGUGGAUAUGAGUAUUCUACUAGCAGACCAUUUUAUGCGUCAAUAGUUGGAUCCGUGUGGCUAGUAAGAGUCUUAUCCGUGGUGUUGGUCCUUUUGUUGAUCCUGGGCAUGUCUUAUGCGUCAAUGGCUGUCGAUGUCUGGGCUCUUGGACAUCCCAUCAGGCCAGACGAUCCUUCCUGGGUUGAGUUCCACGGUCCAAGUUGGCACGGUUUGGACAGAAUAUACUGCCUUUCGGGAGUGAUUGUUGUUUCUGUGCUGGGUAUGAUAUUCCUUAUUGUCAGAGGAGGGUGCAGAGGUCGAUGCUUAGAUAACUGCGACUGUCAAUCCUCGGGAUGCUUCUGGUUAGGUGUACCGGAUUGUGGAGGAGAUGGCGAAGGGGUAAUUGUAGCUUUGAUAUUUUAUGCGAUUCUAUUGGCUAUGAUGGUGAUUGUGGUUGGUCUCUUUGGUAUCAUGAUUGGUGCGUAUGUAUUUGUAAGGACUGGUGUAGAAGGGUUGUCUAAUAGAAUCAAGGAAAGAAUUCUCGAGGUUCAUGCAUGA